AUGUCGGGUUGGGGCCACGACCAGGGCUACGGCGGCGGAUACGGCGGCGGAUACGGCGGCGGCGGAUAUGGGAAUCCUCCGCCUCAGGGAUAUCACCAAGGAUACGGCCAACAUGCCCCUCCCUCCGGCGCUCCCCCUCAGCAGUACGGCUACAACCAGUACCCCCCUCCGAGCGGCGCUCCGCCUUAUGGCCAGGGCACCAACCGCUAUCCGCCCCCUUCGCAGCCGCCGCCACCCGACCUGGACUCCUAUGGCUAUCCCCUUAACUCCGGUCGUCCUCCCGCCCAGGACUACGGCAGCCAUCACCGAUCAGGACCUCCUCCGCCGACCGCUCCCCAGGAAUUCGGCCACGGCGCCCCCGAAGGCUACACGUUCCAGUACUCCAACUGUACUGGGAAACGCAAGGCCUUGUUGAUCGGCAUCAACUAUUUCGGCCAGGAGGGCGAGCUGCGUGGCUGCAUCAACGACACGAAGAACGUCUCCGAAUUCCUCAUCGAGCGCUACGGGUAUAAGAGAGAAGACAUGAUUAUCCUGACUGACGAUCAGCAAGACCCGAUAUUGAUUCCCACCAAGGCGAACAUCCUCCGCGCCAUGGAUUGGCUUGUCGCAGGCGCUCGGGCCAAUGACUCUUUGUUCUUGCAUUACUCCGGCCACGGCGGCCAGACCGAGGACACCGAUGGCGAUGAGGAUGACGGCUACGACGAGGUCAUCUACCCCCUCGAUUUCAAACAGAACGGCCACAUCGUCGAUGAUUAUAUCCACCACGUAGUCGUGAAGCCUCUACAGCCGGGCGUGAGGCUGACGGCCAUCUUCGAUUCCUGCCACUCUGGCUCCGUCCUGGAUUUGCCUUAUAUCUACUCGACUAAGGGUGUCCUCAAGGAGCCUAACCUUGCCGCCGAAGCUGGGCAAGGACUACUCAAAGCAUUUUCGUCCUAUGCUUCGGGCGACAUGGUGGGCGUCGGUAGCGCCAUCUUCGGCUUCGCGAAAACCGCGUUUAGAGGAGACGAUGGGUAUAAGAAAACUAUCGAGACCAAGACCUCGCCCGCAGAUGUCGUUAUGUGGUCCGGGAGCAAAGACGACCAGACAUCUGCCGACGCAACGAUCGCCUCUCAGGCAACCGGGGCCAUGUCGCACGCCUUCAUCACGGCCAUCAAACAGAAUCCGAGUCAGAGCUAUGUAGAGCUCCUCAACAGCAUCCGCGAUAUCCUUGAGUCCAAAUAUUCCCAAAAGCCACAGUUAUCUUGCAGUCAUCCUCUGGACACGAAUCUCCUCUUCGUAAUGUAG